AUGAUUGUUAUUGAACUAAAUUGUUUCGAUCUUCUAAUUUUGUUGAAUCUUCUCUUUUAUAAAAAUUUUAGCUUUGAAUAUGAUUAAAUUGUCAUCUGGACACGACAAUAAAACGAGCAAAAAUAGUCAUAAAAAUGGAACAGCUCAUGAAAAAUCAGCACGUGAGAAGAAUCCUGCGUCAAGCAGUACAAUUGUGGCUCAUUUUGGCGCCGAUUCCGUUAAAAUGAUUGCUGAAUCUAAUGGUAUCGCAAAUUUAUCCGAUGAUGCGGCUAGAUUCCUUGCAGAUGAUAUUACAAUGAAGCUGAAAUGUGUAGCUCAAGAUGCUAUGAAGUUUGUCGUUCAUGGUCGACGUACGAUGAUAUCAGUUUCAGAUAUUGACCAUUCGUUAAAACAUAAAAAUAUUCCGCCUAUGUUAGGUUAUACAGAUAAAGAGUUGCUUCCAUUCCGCUUUGCAUCUGGUGGUGGAAGAGAAUUAUAUUUUCAAGAAGAAAAAGAAGUUGAUCUUCCUGAUAUACUUGGCAUGUCUUCGUUGGCCAAACUGCCUCAAGAUGUAGCGAUCAAAUGUCAUUGGCUAAGUAUUGAAGGCGUUCAACCGGCCAUACCAGAAAACCCUCCACCAUUAUCGAAAGAUCGUCUUCGUUUAGAUGGUAUUGAUCCAUCAAUGGUUUUGAAGCUUCAAAACACACCCGGUAUUCAAACUAAUAAAUUCAUUACACAAAAACCGAAGAAAAUGGUCGAAGUUAUCAAGGUUAAACAAUAUGCCACUCAUGAAUUAUCGAUGGAACAACAGCUAUAUUAUAAAGAGAUAACUGAAGCCUGUGUUGGUUCCGAUGAAAGUCGACGCAUCGAAGCCCUUCAAAGUUUAACUUAUGAUUCUGGAUUACAUCAAAUGCUUCCUCGAUUAUGUACAUUCAUCUCGGAAGGUGUCAAAGUCAAUGUUGUCCAAAAUAAUUUAGCUUUGUUGAUCUAUUUGAUGCGAAUGGUUAAAGCCUUGCUAGAUAAUCAUAAUUUGUAUCUGGAAAAAUAUCUUCACGAUCUUAUACCAACGGUAUUGACAUGUGUUGUAUCCAAACAGUUAUGUUUACGGCCCGAACAGGAUAAUCAUUGGGCAUUAAGAGAUUUUGGCUCUCGUUUAAUGUCGCAAAUCUGUAGAAAUUUCAAUACAAAUACAAAUAAUAUUCAAGUUCGUGUUACUCAAUUAUUGAGUCAUUCAUUAGACAAAGAACGUAUUGCUUUAUCAUCUUUAUAUGGUGUGAUUGCCUGUUUAUGCGAAAUGGGACCCGAAGUUCAACGAGCUUUUCUACUGAAACGUGUCAAAAUGAUUGGCGAUCGUAUCCGUACCAAUGUGGAAGGUAUGAACAUCUCGUCUGCUGAUAAGGCCGCUGCUGGCCAUAUUGAAUCACUCAUACUUCGAAAUUUACCAACGACCAUUAAGAAUCUACGUUCACCUCCUGACAUCGUUGAAGAGUAUCGUCAAGAAUAUGGAUAUCUAGGUCCACAAUUACAUAUGGCUGUCGUAAACCAACGUUCAAAAGAGGGAUCAAAUACACAUCGAAUCAAUAUUUCAGGUAAUACUCAAUCGACGAGUGGUUCAAACCUUCCGUAUCGUCGUGUGAAUAAUUUAUCAUCAGUUUCGACGUCCCAACAAGCAAAAUAUACUAUCAUUUCGUCAACACCUGGUUCAUCCACCGUCGGAUCUGCAAGUGGAAGCAGUACUGGAUCGGGUAAUGUAACGAUGUAUCGAAUGAUUCCAGCCACACAAGGUGGUAGCGUUCAAACGUCCAUUCGAACUACGGGCUCUACAACAGGUCAUCCACAUCAAUAUAUAAAUAUCAAAACUGUUCAACAGCAAUCCGCAAGCAACAUGCCUCCCCCACCACCAACGUCUUCCUAUUCAACAUCAUCUUCUUCAUCAUCGUUUAAUCAUCCAAAUUAGCUCGAAUUGAAAAUUACAUCAAUCAAAUUGAUAUUUUAUAUUAACAAAUUUAAUCACUCAUUGUGGAUAACUCAUCGCUAUUGCGACUGUAUACAAUUAUUUCCCAAUAUCGACAUAAAUCUUUGUAAAACUAUUAUCAUUAUAAUUCAAUCGCAUUAUCAAUUAA